AUGGCUAAAGAGAAAAUUCAAAAGAAAUCACCAAAGAAGAUGAGUCCCUAUAACCAGUUCAUGAAGACUGAACUCGCCAAGGUUAAGGAAGCCAAUGCUGGUAUUACUCACAAGGAUGCUUUCAAGUUGGCUGCUCAAAACUGGAGCAAGGCUCCUGAGAACCCCAAGAACAAGAAGGAGGACAAAAAGGAGGACAAGAAGGAGGAAAAGGCUGCUGAAGCCACUGAAGAGAAAUAG